AGUUCUGUCCCUUGCCGGAAAUCAUCAGAAGAAUGUGCGUGGAGGUGGAAUCAACAUCAUGCUUAAAAUUGUCUAACGAAGAGCGGACACGGUCGACGCUUUCGUGAAUAACUGUCUUCGUCUUGUUUGUAAUAUAUAUCUAUAUAACGUAUUAUCUCAUCGGACACGUGUUUAUCAAGAUAACGCCAUUAUAUUUGAACUUUAACCCCUGUUAACUACAAAUGUUACCACUAAGCUUGCUGACGAACACAUGGGACAAUAUUCUUCGACUGAUAUCAACGCUAUUCGGAGUUCCUCGUUUGAUCUCAUUACGUAUACGUUCAUUUAAUAAGAAAAAAAUUAUCAUGGACUCGGGGAUGAUAGAUGAAAAAAAUGUCCGAGCAGAAGGUUUUAAGUGGUGCCAGGAUUCUAUUGGAGGAAUAUGGUCAAAAAUAGGCCCAGAAGAUUUUAUUCUAGAAAGAAUAAAUGGUGGACUCUCAAAUUAUCUGUAUUUGUGCUACCUCUCCCCGGGACUAAAACCUUUAGGUAAUGAACCAGAUCGUGUGAUGUUACGUAUUUAUGGACACAUUGCCAAAACAAGUAAAUCUUUUGUGAUAUUUAAUUCCGUCGUAUUUGCCAUUCUCUCAGAGAAAGAUCUUGGACCAAAAUUAUAUGGUAUUUAUCCUACCGGCAGAUUAGAAGAAUAUAUUCCAACGAGACCAUUAAAACGUACAGAUUUGUGUAAACCAAAUAUAAUCAAAUUAAUAGCUAAAAAACUAGCUGAGUUACAUUCCUUAGAUAUGCCAUUAUGUAAAGAACCAAGGUGGUUACAAGAAACCAUUUGCGGGUGGAUUAAAGAAAUCCAAAAUAAUACAUGUACCAAUUCUGGUCAUCCUGAACACAAAAGUUACAUUCGUAAACUAGAGUCAUAUAAUAUAGAGGAGGAAUUUAAUACCAUGAUAAACAUCUGUUCUAAAGUAGAGUCACCAGUUGUUUUCUGUCAUAAUGACCUGCAAGAAGGUAAUGUAUUACAUAUGGAAGGUAGUGAGAAUCCAUCAAGGGAGCUAACUGUAAUUGAUUGGGAAUAUUGUAGCUACAACUACAGGGGUUUUGACAUAGGUAAUCAUUUUUGUGAAUGGGCAUAUGGAUAUGAGAAUCCCAAUACACCAUUUUUCAGUUACACUGCCGAAGGUUACCCCAGUAGGGAGCAACAGUAUUCAUUCUUUAAAGAAUAUCUAAAAGCUAGUGGUGAAUGUGAUAUUUGUGAUAAAGAUUUACAGGCCUUAUAUGUAGAAGUUAAUACAUAUGCUUUGGCAUCACAUUUCUAUUGGGCUAUCUGGGCCAUAAUACAAGCCAAAACAUCUGUCAUUGAGUUUGGUUACUGGGAAUAUGCCAUGUCAAGAUUGGAAAGAUAUUUUGAAUUGAAGGAGAAAUUACUGCACAACAAACAUUUGCUAUGAUAUUUUGAUGUAAUGCUUUAAUAUGUUCUGUAUUGUGAUCACAGUGUUUUUGAGAUACCAAAUACAGCUCUAGUGUGUUCCAUGUGUAAACAGAUCAGUCUAAAUAAGCAAGUUCUAUGGCAUUGAUAUAUAUCUGUUAUUUGUACAACAUGAUUUUUGUGUUAUCAUAUGCAGACAUUUAAUGCCAUAUCUUUAUUACAUGGUUAAAAGCUGUGAAAUAAUAUAUAAUUAUCAAUAAAUAUGUUCUAAAUGUUAAUACAAAAUACAGGUGACUCAGCACUGGGUGAUAUUUGAUAGUCUGUUUUUUUUGUAAUUUACAAUUAAAUUGACUAAGACCUUUUUUUUGUAAUUUACAAUUAAAUUGAUUAAGACCUUUAGUCUGAUAUUUAUCAACCCAUAUUUUACCUCAUUUUACCCAAAUUAGUAUUGUAACUUAUAAAUAAAUCACCCAAUUUCGAUCUUAUAAUCUAUUUUGAAAGUACCAUCAAAAGAUUAUUUGAAAUGCAAUUCAAAUGCUUGAGAUGAAUAUUUAUGAACGUCCCGGUUUUCAAACUCAUUUUAAUAUUCCUUACACUCAUCUAGUCUACAUGUAAUUUAAUAAUUUUUAUUUUAUGAUCAGUAGUGGAAUACCGCGUUUUAUCAGUGAAAUAAAAGUGUUAUUCCACUGGCUAGCGGUAGUCCAUGUUGUUUUUACCUAAAAUGAUUGUAAAAUCGUAAAAUAAAUAGAACAUUUGUCGUUUUGUCGUGAAUAACAUAUUUUAUUUCAUCUCUAAGCAAGAAAACGUUUAUAUAUUCACUACGACAAAUAUCCUCUAUGUAAUCUAUGAAGUGUAAUAUUGUUCUAAAAUCUUUGAUGAUUAAUAAUUUUAAUUUAAUCACUUUAUCAUUUUUAAUGAAAACUGCCUGGUUUACCCCAAAUGUUGUGGUGUACUUACUUAAUGCAGUUAAAAGAUCUUGAAAUAUUUUCUCCUAAAUCACAUGUAAGUUGCUCAUAAAGGUCUUCGUUAUCAAUCCAGCAUAGGAAAAUAUGUUAUAGUAUUUACAGGAGUGUACAUAGAGGAUAUUUGUCGUUUUAGAGUGAAUAACAUAUUUAUUUCAUCGAGAAGCAAGAAAACUUAUAUUUUCACGAAUGCAUAGCAUGAGUGAAAAUAUAAACAUUUUCUUGCUUAGAGAUGAAAUAAAACUUUAUAUUUUAAGGAAAUAAAAAAAAAUAUAACAACUUAAAAAUAAUAAUUUUAUUCAAAAUUUACACUUUUGAGGAACUUAUGAAAUAGAUUAUACUACAAUAAUAAAUAUAUGUUAUUAACCAAAUGUCACUAUUUUUAAAAUAAGAGAAGGUAAUGAAAAAUGCCAGGAUGGUUUAUACAGGGUGAGUAAGGUGUUUGGCUUACUGCUAACCAUGAUGUGUCAGGUUCUAUUCAGGUGUUGGAAGAGAAAGUUCCUCAUGAUAUUUCAGUGUCGUUUCCUCACUGCCAGUGGUGCAUGAUGGAGGGUAUGGCAAGGAGAAAGUAUCUAGUUGUUCAGAUGGUACAAAAACAUUAAGUCCUGUAAUGUUAAAGUACCUUUGACAGUUGUAAUUAGAUGAAGAGUAGGCAGAAUGCCACUGUCUGGGCAAAAUUUCUCCCAUAGAACAUAUUAUGGUGCUGAAACAUAAUAUGUUAAGUGCCAUUUCAGUUGAAAUAUAUACUCCUUACUAUAUGACAGGAUAUUUUAAUUGUUACAUGAAUCUGGUAUUUGGUUGAAUACAGUGCUCUGGAAUAGGUUGGCAAAUUAGAUGAAAUGUUAUAUAAGCUUUAUAGCUUCUAAACGCUUGGCCAGAUAUUGUAAGUGUAGGUUCUGUAACAUAUAAUUAUAUAUAUUUGUAACAGAUCAAACAUAUCCAUUGUAAUAGUUCAAAGUAGCUUUUGAUGUUUUAAGGUACAGUAAGACACGAGAAUGUUUUAACAUAAUCAUGUUUUUCGGUUAGGAAUUGUAAUUAUAAUUGUAAUCUUGGUGUAAUUUUGAAAGUAAAACAUAACUGUUUGGUUUAAUCAAAUUAAUCAUAAUGUAUGUCUUGGUUUUUUUUUGUCCUAAAUGUAUGUAAAAAAAAAUUCUUUUGGGGGAAUUUGAUUCUCUGCAGAUGAACAAGAGGAUUGACUUACCUAGUGCAGAGCAUAAGGCAUGUAAAUGUGGUUGUACAUGUGCAGUGUUUUAUUAUGAAUAUUUUUUAUUAUAUGAACAUGUUUAGGGUAUUAUGCUUAAUUUGACAUUAAGAAUGAAUGGUGUUAUGUUGUAGAUAUCAUAGGGGUAUUUUAGAUGCUGCUGAUAUAUAUUUCAAUGUGAUUUUUAUGUGAUAAUGAGCAUUAGAUCAGUCACUCUAUCAAUGUUUACAUUUGAAUCCACAAAUCAGUAAAAAAAAAUGUUUUAUUUUAAUAUAUGAAAAAAAAGAGAUUUCCUUUAAUAAUACUUUUAUCGUAUAAAUUCUUCAUAAAUCCAUAAGGCUUCUGAUAGCGAUUAUGGUUGCAGUAAUUUGAAUUCUCAGGCAGUUUAUUUAUGUAAAUGUGUUAAAUCCCACCUUUGUGGGAAAAUAUACCACAUAAUAAAUCCAAAUGGGUAAUUAGAGAAACUCAAAAUCAUGACAGUAAAUAAGUUGUGUACUUAAUAGAAAAAGAUGAAAAAAUUCUUUACCCUAUUAGUGAAGUAGUAACUUAUAGUUUUAUUUUGAAUUUCCAUAGGCAGCUCGCUGUAUCAUACGUUCUGUCAUUGAGUCAACUGGCGGGGUUUCGAUUCCUGGGUUGUACGUGACAAGGAGUAGGGUCGCCUGUCCAACCUCGUGGGUUUUCUCCGGGUCCUCCGGUUUCCUCCCACUGCUAAAGACCCCUAUGGCAAGCGAAUGAUUGAAAUAAAAUUGACCCAUGUGUUAGUCCCGAAAUGACCUAGUUUGUGUCGAGUGGACGUUAAACCCCAUUUCUCUCUCUCUCUCUCCAUAGGUAGGUUAAAGAUUGCCAACUAGAUUGAUAUUAUUAUUUAAAACCUUUUUAUUGUUCCUUUUGUCUAAUAAAUACACAUUGCCUGUAUAUACUGAUGAUACAGGGGUUUGAACAUGAUCAAUCUGAUGUAAAUACAGAUCGUUUUUUGUUCUAUUUUUUAUGUUUGGUUGUAAUUCAAAUUUCAUAUGUCUGGGCUAUAAUGUCUUUUGUUUUAUAUUAGGAAUUCACCAUUCAGAUGAGCAAGUGUGUGUGUGAGUUAGUUUUAUACUUUUGAGUGGCCAUGAGAAACAGAGAUGCUGAUUGAUUAAUUAUAAUCUCCAUGAAACAUAAUGUGGCCUGCCACAACAAUCUGGAAAAAGAUUGAAAAGAAAUAUAGAUUUGUUUUAUAAUCAGUAUUAUUCUGGCAAGGUUUACCUCGUCCCUAAUGUGACGUGCCACGACAAUCUAUAAUUUGCUAGGAAAGAAAAUGAAAUUUAGAUCUAUAUUUGAAUUCAAUUUGAUCAUAGUUGGCUUAAUCACAUGCUUUUAAUUACAGUGGACUCUGUCACAUCCGACAUCGUGCGGGGUCGUUACAAUAAUUCGGAUCACACAGCGUUUCGGAAUACCGAAUUUUCUCCAAAACUGGAAAUACUGUAACUUCGAAAACCGGAAGUAUUUUUAUAUUGUAGCUUCGAAUCACCAGAAUACUAUUCCGUUUAUAAAUGAUAAACUUUUCUGUACUUUAAAAAUUUUAUUAUAUUAAAUAAUAAACAAUAACAAUGCAUGCGUAUAAUGUAUUCAUAAAAUCGUUUACAUGUAAUAUCAAUGCAUGCGUACAAUAUAUUUAUAAAUAUCAAUGCAUGUAAUCGUUUAAAGUAGUUUGCUUAAUUAAGAUUACCGGAAGCAUAUCGUAAGGCGGAGUCCUGGGCAACAUCUUCUAACAAAUGAAUUGUUGCGAUCAUCUUUUCGUCCUUAAUCUGUGCGAAGUGUUUAAUGUCGUUGAGCAUGCAUAGGAAUUUUGAAUAGGUCAAGUCAAUUGUCAUUUAUAAUCUGUCAUUCUAUGUCCAGUUUUUAAAGCCAAUCAAAGUAAACGGCACCUGUCAUCCAAGCUUUGCGAUUGGCCGACCAAUUGACUGGCAGGUUGAUCUUGUCCACCACUCCCUUAAAACAACUCAGGUUCACUGCUUUACUGAUCAAAGUAAUCAACACAGUUUUAAUCUCACCGAUAAUUGAUUGGUGAUUACUUGUUAAUCUUUUCUGGCUUCACACCCAUUGAGUUUUAAUCUCACCAAUAAUUGGUUGCUUCACACCCACCGUUUGAAGUACGGAUUAUACGGUGUCGAAUCAAUGGAAAUUAUGUGACGGGACGGCUGAUUGAUUUCGGAAUCCGGAACAUACAGAAUUCGGAUUUACCAGCGAUUUUUUGGCUGAAGUAAUAAGGAAAUAAAUCGGGGCAUGAAAAUCAUACCGGAUGUCACAGCAAUCCGGAGUGAUCAGAGAUCGGAUGUGACAGAGUCCACUGUAAUUGAUAUUUAAGGCCAUAAAGCUUGUCCACAUUUGUUUAUAGAUUUAAUCAUCUGAUUUUUCAUAUAAAUUAAAGUAAUUCCAUAUUUUUUAAUUAAUGAAAGUAACGAAUGUUUAUUCUGUAUAUUAUGGUAACAACUCAUUGUAAAGGUCAAUUCCUUCAAUAAUGUCUCUUUAAAUUGUUACUAUUUAUAUCAUAUCCUUUAUUUUGAUUUGUGUAUGAAAUUUUUAUGUGUAAAUGUUAGCUUUAAACUUAUGCCAUAUUUUGUUUGUAACAACAUAUUUUUUUGUUGUUUUUGUUUGUUGUUUUGAAUGGUGUAAUCCUAUGAUCUCCUGUAAGUUCGUUAGAAGUUAAAAUGUAUGCUUAUGAAUUUGGGUUGUGGGCUAUCAGGCUUGUGCUAAAAUUUAAACGAAAUAUUCACUCAAGUAUUAGCAGAUGUUGGGAAUGGUUAAAUUUUGUUUCGUAUGUUAGACUUAAGAUCAGAUGCCAAAAUUAAGUUGAGUAAUAUUUUAAUAGAGAUGCAAAUUCUUCAUAUUUAAAUUAAAUGCCUUUUAUGACCUCUGAAGUCUAUUAAAGAAAAGUUCAAUAAAGUUUUAAAAAUCAUCUUGAUACAUAGGUUACAUUGAUUACAUGUUAAAUAGGUUCCCUAAUAAUGGUUUUAAUUUUGUUAAAUUUUUACAGUCUUUGUAUAUAUGUAAAUUGAUAUACAUAUCCCAAUUGCUUCUGUAUUUAUUGUGGUUUUCUAAUUAUUAAAGGAGGAAUGUUUAAGGCACUAUAAUUUAACAAUACAAUGGUGGACGUGAUGUGAUCCUAAAGAUAAAUGUACAUGAAAGCUGAAUACUAUCAUUUUAUAACUUUAUAAAGUGACCUUAAUAUAUUUUGAUAUACAUGUUUAUAUUUGGGGCUUUGAACAGAACUGUGUAAUAUCUAGUGUAAUUCCAUAUUAAUGUAAUUAAUUGUAUGUAAGCUUUGUUUACUAGUUUGCUGUUUAAGUGUUUUUUUGUUGUUAAGUUUUUGAAAUUAGUAGUCCCAAAUUUCCUUAUACAUGUACAUAUCAAAGUGAAAAAAAAAUCAAUUUGUAUAGUGUGUCUUUUUAGCUAUGAUUUAGAAACUCAAUCCAAAAAAUAAACAUUAUAUCCUCUGCAACAGACUAAAUAUCAGUAAAGAAAAAAAAUAUUAAAAAAAUGCGGUGAAGUUACUGCAUUUUGAGAAAUUUUAAACUGAAAAGCAAUUUCCUCAAUUAUAUGUCCAACAAUCAGAGGCAACAAUAAUUAGAUACGGUUGUGCAAUAUUGUCAGACUAAGUAAGAAAUAUCUAAGUCACUCUUGAAAAUAAAUAUUUAUGUCACUCUUGAAAAUAGACUUUUUUAACUGGGGGCGGGGGUGGACAAGAUGCUGACUCACUAAUCAUGAGUUUGAUGCUGGCAUUGGCAAAGAAAAACAUCUUGUUCUUCUAAUGGCACGAAAACCUGUUUUCACUUGGCGUGCACGUAAAAAACCCCGAUGAAUUGUAGGCAGAAAUGCCACAGCCCGGGUGGCUAAAAUUUCUGUCCUAGCACACAUCGAUAGCAUAUACCGGGUUGGUGUAUAAUUCUUUUAACAUUAUACCAUUUCAUAAUUACCUGGUUGAUAUGAUUAUAUUUUAUACUUACUAUCUGGUGGUAAAUAUUAUAAGUGGUUAUCCUAAUUUGUUCUUUUUAUCAAGUUGUAAUAAUGCAUUAAAAAUGACUAAAGCAGUAUUAACUUUAGGUUGAUCAUUUAUAUCUAAUAAAGUAGAAGGUGGGAUAAUCCACCUGUGUUGGACAUUACUUUUUACAUUCAUUUCCAUAUUUUUUGCCAUAAUAAUAUUACUAAGGACAAUUUUAUAUUUGGGUUGAGGUGUGAAUUUGUGGUAAAAAUUAACUGUUUCCAUGCAUUUAUUUCCAUAUCUGUUAAAGGAUUUUGCUUUUUGUUCCAGAAGGUUCAAAAACUGCUGCCUGCACUUUUAGAAGUCAUCAAAUUGGCAUUUAUUCAUUGUAAAGUAUAAUAAGUAUUAUAGUAAAUUAUGAAAUAAUUAUAACUUCGUAUUUAAAGAUGUACAUGUAUAGGAUUGCUUUUCCAUUCUAACUUUUUAAAUUCAUUUGCAUUUAUUAAUGUUAUCUGUGAUCUCAUUGAUAAGCUAGAGAUAACAUGUUAACACUCUUGUCAAGAACUAAUAAUUUGAAAUGUAUUCAUUCUUCACAUUAUCAUUUGACAUUUACUGUAUAUGCCUUGGUGUGUAAUCAGUGUGUUUGGUUAGAACAGCACAAUUGGCAAGCUGGCAAUUUAAAGUUACAAUUUCAUAUUUUUAAGUUAUAUUUUUAAAAUGUAUUAAAAUAAAGCCCUAAAAUAGAUAGUAUCUAUAAACAGUGCUACCUUGUUAAAGAAUAAUGCUAUUAAUCCUAUAAUUCACUAUGGCAAAAAUAUCAUUUUCAUCUUCAAAUUCAAACGUUUGAAAAUAGCAACUCCAUGGUGGAGAAUAGAAAACAAGGGAGGUAAUUGUGUUAUUUCCAGUGUAAAUAAGUUUUAAUAGUGAGUUGACAACCCAUUGAGCAAAAGACAUAGAAAUAAUUAUGUUUUGACUUUCUUAGAAAAUAUGAAAUUGUAACUUUAAAUAAUGUUCCACAUGAUCGUCUUACUAAAAUAUUAUUGAUUCCGAAUUUAAUUUUGGCUGGCAUACAUUACCUAAAGAUCUAAAUACUUCUGAUGCAUUCUUUGAAAUCUUAAUUAUAGUUAUUGUAGAUUGGUGAAAAUAGGUUUUAUUCAAACGAAAGUUUGGUUCAUUGGCAUUGAAAGGUCAAACCAAGUUCUUAAAGUUGUUGUUAGAUCCCACUUGUAGUGUAUGUAAAUAGAAAACUUAGAAAUGAAAGUAAGUCAAACUUCAAUUUGACUGUAGUCCUGGCAAUAUGUCAUUGAUCAGUUCUAUGUAAGCAAAUAUAUUUUCUAUUUUGGAUAUAUAACAAUCCAAUUUGGUUCUGUUUAUUAUAGGAUAAAUAAGAGCAUCAAAAAUAGACAGUAAUGUGAUAGCUUUCAAUUCUUUCAAAUGAUAUUGUCCACUAUUAAAAUUAGAACAAAGCCAUUGUGUGUUGUUUGACUGAGGCUAUCUCUUUAUUUUCCCUCCCAGAUCAAUAUUGUUAAUAAAGGAUUAUUUAAUGUGGAUAUAUAUGUCUGUGCCAGUCCGUGUCCUUUUAAACAGGUUUGUUUGUUGGAAAUUGUGUUCGAUCUUGAUUGUUUGGUUCACUUUCUUGAACCAUAUCGGGACUCGAUCCCAGGAUAUUUAGUGGAGAGUAAAUGCCGGGUAACUUUUCUACAUUUAAUUACACGCUGAGCUAAUUAUUGAAAAUAUAUAGACACCGUUUUAUACAUGUAUGGUCAUAAUCCUUUGAAAAACCAGUUUUCGAUUUAAAUCACAACUCACUAUAUUCAUACAGGUUUCCUCAAGCCCUGUAAUUGUUUAAAAUUUGGUUUAAUAACUAGAGCGGACGACUUUCCUGCAGGUGGGUGUAUGUAAGUCCCCUCUCGGAAGAUAAAGGUAUAGGCGCUAACCUGUAAUUGGCCAAGUAUUACUUCAUGGUGGAGAUUAACCCCAUGCCAAGAGUUCAUGGCAGUCUCCUGUAGUACUUCCGGUCUGAAACAAAUCAAAUGUCGCGUUUGGCCACUGAUCCAAUAUGACGAAAACAAAAUCGACUGUUAUCAAGGGUAGCUAAUUGUGGCAAGUCUAUGGGAAAGCUAUAAUGAUAAAUUUAUUAAUCACACACCAUUAUAAUUUAAAACGCAAGUUGUAUUUCAGUAUUGUGUAUAAAAGAUGAAGUAUCAUCAUGUGCUAUCGUUUUGUUUGCUUCUGUAUAAUAAUAUGUUCAUUUUGUCAAAUAAAAACACUUUUAAUCUGUA